UUGAACCCGGUUCUCUGUCGCCCAUCCUGCGGCACCCCACUCCGCCGUCCGUCGUCUACACGUCCACACUGCCUCCGGCCAAGGGCGGUUGGGUUGGGUUGGGUUGAGACGCUGGGUGGCCCGUGCGAGCGGAACGCAUGGAGAAGGCCCUCACCAAGAUCGGCAGCUUCACCAUUUCCCGGAAGGCCAAGCAGGAGCUCUCCGCCAUCGGCGACGAUAUCUCCCGUUUGUCGAGCACUGUGGAGGAGAAGGCGAAAUGGGUCUUCGACAAGCUCAAAGGCAAACCAAACAAGUCACUCUCUGAUCUCCUGCGUGAGUACAACCUUCCUCCAGGCCUCUUCCCUCGGAACAUCAUCUGCUACGAAUAUGAUCAAACAAGCUCGAAGCUUGUGGUGCACCUGUCUAAGCCCUGUGAGGUGAGCUUCAAAGAUUCGUCUGUAAUUCGGUACGCUCCUCGUGUCAAGGCGACGCUGUCUCGAGGUAAGCUUUCUGCAAUCGAGGGCAUGAAGACCAAGGUAGUUGUGUGGGUGAAGGUGGCUAGCAUAAGCCUGGAGAGCUUCAGGUCUGACAAGAUCUGCUUCAUAGCCGGCGUGAAGAAACUGAAGCAGAAGGAUGCUUACGAGGCCCCCAGGGAAGCCAUCGCAGUCGAGGAGUUCUGAGCUUGAGUUCAUUAAUCUUCUUAUCUCAUAGUAGCUUCAUGCUUACCAUUCUUUUGAGUCCAUGUGGUGUGAUUCUGGAGGACAUAUUGGUGGUUUCUGUGCUGGGAUCCAGCAGAUUUGUAUAUUGGAAAGAUGGAGAAUUUGUUCCUCCUGACAAAAGACACUCAGUGCAUGUUCUCUGAUCGGUCCUUCACAUGUAUGAUGUCCUACCAAUGUGAACUUUUUAGUAUGUGUUCUGGUUCUGAA